GUUAACACAAAUUAAAAUAAUUAUUAGAUAAUACGAGAUAGUAUUAAGUUUGCUCGAUUUCGAUAAGCUAUUAAUUCCAUUCAUGUCACUUACAAAAAAUAGACAAAAACGGUACAAUGUCGGAGAUUAAUACUACAUAUUUAAUAGUUGGCGGUGGUAUUGCUGGAGUUACUUGCGUAGAAACUCUUGCGAUCUUGCAUCCUGAAAAAACCUUGGUACUAGUAACAGCAUCAACACUUGUGAAAAAUGUUAGUAACGUUACCUUUUUUGCUAAGACUAUAGUGAACUUUGACGUGAAUGAAACAGAGGCCACCUCCUUGCAAAAGAUCCAUCCGAAUUUAAAAAUUAUAUAUGAUUCACUAAAACAUCUUGAUACUGAAAAGCAGAAAGCUUUGACAGACAAAGGUGUUCAUAUACAAUAUGACGUAAUUUGUAUUUGUACUGGAGGGAUACCAAGACUAAUUUCAGAUUCCAAAAAUAGCAAAAGAGUACUGGGCAUUAGAGAUACAGAAUCUGUGAAAGACUUUCAACAAAAAUUGAAGACAGGCCGUAGAAUGGUUAUAGUUGGAAAUGGAGGUAUUGCAUCAGAAAUAGUUCAUGCUACUUCAGGUAUAGAAAAGGUGUGGGUGAUUAGAGAUGACUAUAUUUCAGCAACAUUUAUUGAUCCAGGUGCUGCUGAGUUUUUUCAAGAAACCUUUAAAAAUGAGAAUGAAAGAAAAAAUCAAAAUACAAUUUUAAGGAGGCAUAUUUACUCUGAAGAAGACAGUUUGGUAUCUUUAAAUAAAAAUUUAAAAUCUGCUGCACUUGGUCCAGAUUGGUAUAGGAAACUUGAAAACAUUAAGUCUGACAGAGGGGUCCAAGAACUCGAAAUAGUAUAUAAAGCUGAAGUAGAAUCAGUAUUAGAGGAUAAUAAGAAUGAAUAUCCAUUACGUGUACAACUAACAAAUUCUCAGCUUGUUGAGUGUGAUUUUUUAAUAUCUGCAACUGGGGUGGAACCAUCUGUCAACUUUACAUGGGAUAAAGUUCCAGAGAAAGGUCAGGAUGGAGGAUUGGCAGUCAAUGAAUUUCAAGAGACUAGUAUAAAAAAUGUAUUUGCUGCAGGCGAUGUUGCAUCAGCUGCAUGGGAACAUGCCCCACACUGGUUUCAAUUACGUCUCUGGACUCAAGCCAGACAAAUGGCUGGAAUGGCUGCUAAAGCAAUGCAUGGUAGAAUAACAAAUCAAGAAGUUUUACAAGAUUUCUGUUUUGAACUGUUUACUCAUUGCACAAAAUUGUUUGGUUAUAGAGUUAUUUUAUUAGGAAAAUACAAUGGACAAGGCCUAGGCACUGAUUAUGAAAUUCUUCUUCGAACUACUCCUAAUGUUGAAUACAUUAAGUUUGUAUUAAAAGAUGGAAAGCUACAAGGAGCAAUUUUAAUAGGCGAAACUGAUCUUGAAGAAAUGUGUGAGAACCUGAUUCUAGACCAAAUUGAUUUAUCACCAUUUGGUGAUGAUAUCUUGAAUCCAGAUAUACACAUUGAUGAUUAUUUUGAUUAAUAAAAUUGUUAUAAAUUAAGAAAUAAGCAGGGCAAUAAUGUAAAAAUAUAUGGUUAAUAUCAUUAUUGAAUCAAUGCUUUUAUGUCAAAGACAUAUCUUGUGUGUUAUUCAAAAUAGUAGUAUUAAUAAGUGAUCUAGGUUAAUUAUUUAUUAUAAAAAUGUUACAUAAGAUUUAUUUUGUUUAAUAUAGAAUAUAUAAGUAAUUUUGUAUGAUGGUAUUUUGAUCACAAUAUUAUUACAUGUCAAGAGCUUAUGCACAUCAAGAAACUUAUAAACGAGUAGAAGACUUAGUUUCAAUGCACUAUUAUAACAAUGUUUAUCUGACCUUUUAAUUAAAAGUAGUUGGGUCCAAAAAAAUUAGAUGCAUGGUGUGCUUGUAUUAGUUGAUGCAAUCAGUUGAGGAAGAUUAAUUCUCAGGGAAUAUGUACUAACAUACAUACACAUGAUUACAUUCUAUGAUGAAUUGUGUAAUAAAAUUAAAUAUCAUAAUAUAAUAUUAAGGUGUAAUUUAUUGCUGUUGGUAAACAUGUUACGUAGUAAUAAUUGUUGAUUAGUUUAAACAAGAUUUUAUAACAUAAUAGAGGUUAU